CCCUCUACCUUUACUUUAUAUAAUAAGAAAAACUAAGUCCAAACCCUGUGUUUACUCUCUCAAUAACAUAUCUCCUUAGCCUCGUCCCCAUGAUAAAAACCAAAACACUUCACAAUCCUUUUCUCUUCUUCACCGCAAAACCAAAACUCUCCAAUGCUUAGAGUUAGACUCCCAACUCUUGCACUCCUCCUCCUCUUCUCCCUCACUUUCACCGCCAAUGCCUCUGCCUUUCCUCAACGAUUCAAAGAAGCUCCCCAGUUUUACAACUCCCCAGACUGCCCUUCGUUUGAUCGACAUGACCCUGAUUCAGAAUCAGACGGUGAUGAUCACACCAUAAUCUUCUGCUCCGAUCAAGCAGUACACGUAGCAAUGACUCUAGAUACUGCCUAUAUACGUGGCUCCAUGGCUGCUAUUCUCUCUGUUCUUCAACACUCUUCUUGUCCCCAAAAUAUUGCUUUCCAUUUCGUCGCUUCCGCCUCUGCUAACGCCUCUUUCCUACGCGCCACCAUCUCCUCCUCCUUCCCUUAUCUCAAAUUCCGGGUUUACACGUUCGAUGACUCGUCCGUUUCUAGACUCAUCUCCACCUCGAUACGUUCUGCUCUUGAUUGCCCUCUAAAUUACGCUCGUAGCUACUUGGCUAAUAUCCUUCCUUUAUGCGUUCGCCGAGUUGUCUACCUCGAUUCGGACCUCGUCCUCGUCGAUGACAUUGCCAAGCUCGCCGCUACUCCACUGGGUGAAAAGUCUGUUCUCGCAGCUCCUGAGUACUGCAAUGCGAAUUUCACUUCUUAUUUCACGCCAACUUUCUGGUCUAAUCCUUCUUUAUCACUCACAUUUGCGGAUAAACAAGCUUGUUACUUUAACACUGGUGUCAUGGUCAUCGAUCUCUAUGGAUGGAGAGCUGGAGAUUACACUUCCAAGAUUGAAGAUUGGAUGGAGCUACAAAAAAGAAUGAGAAUAUACGAACUGGGUUCUUUGCCGCCGUUUUUGCUGGUUUUUGCAGGAAAUAUAGUGCCUGUUGAUCACCGGUGGAACCAGCACGGACUCGGCGGGGAUAAUUUCAGAGGUCUCUGUAGAAAUUUACAUCCGGGUCCGGUGAGUCUCUUGCACUGGAGUGGUAAAGGGAAGCCAUGGGCAAGACUCGACGCCAACCGUCCAUGUCCUUUGGAUACUCUAUGGGCUCCAUACGAUCUCUUGCAGACUCCAUUUGUGUUGGAUUCUUGAAGAGAAGGAAACUUAAGAUUCAAAGCUCAUGCUCUUACAGGAACCUCGUAGGAUCACGAAGACAGAGAUCUAGAGAGACAUCAAGAAUUCAAGAUGAUAUACAAAAAUAUAUUACAGUAUCGAAGCUUAGGUAAGUUGCUGUGUGUAUAUACAUCUAUGGAGAAUUAAUUGUGUUGAAAAUUUUGAAAUUGUGAAGCUAGAAUAAGGAAGAAACCCGCAAAUGGAGAGUCAUCAACUUCCACCUUGGGCAUAAAUGGUUAAUUAAUUGUAAUCAAAUUUCCCACAAUAAUAAUGAUAAUAUUCUCUAAA